AUGCCUGCACCCACUGCUCUUUUACGAGCACCAGAGCCGUUGGAUGAAGAGAAUAGCCUUCCGGAUACACAGCUAGACGACAAUGACUUUCUCAUAAAUACGACCGGCCAGCCGGCCGACGCAACUUCCUCCUCCGCCCCUUCCGCCCAUGACGAUACGGCUAUGGAAAUCGAUGCAGAAGGACGACCGCGGUUCGCACCCGCCAAGGACAGUCCCCGCGCCGUCCGCAUCGAAAGCCGCAAAGUCCCCAUCCCCCCCCACCGCAUGACCCCGUUGAAAGGCUACUGGUCGAAGAUCUACCCCCCGCUGGUCGAGCACCUCAAGCUGCAGGUGCGGAUGAAUAUCAAAUCGCGCGCCGUCGAGCUCCGCACGUCCAAGUUCACAACCGACCCCGGCGCGCUGCAGAAGGGCGAGGAUUUCGUGAAGGCGUUCAGCUUGGGCUUCGACGUUGAUGAUGCGAUCGCGUUGCUGCGGCUGGACGACCUCUUCAUCGAGACGUUCGAGAUCAAGGACGUCAAGACGCUGCAGGGCGAUCAUUUGAGCCGAGCCAUCGGACGGAUAGCCGGGAAGGAUGGAAAGACGAAGUUCGCCAUCGAGAAUGCCAGUCGGACCCGGGUGGUCCUCGCGGAUCAAAAAAUUCAUAUCCUGGGAGGGUUUAAAAAUAUUCGGGCGGCACGAGAAGCGAUUGUGAGCUUGAUUCUCGGCGCCCCACCAGGGAAGGUGUAUGGCAAUUUGAGAACGGUGUCAUCGCGAAUGAAGGAGCGAUUCUGA